AUGGCGAGGAGCGGCGGCGAGAGGCAGGCGAAUUCAGCAUUUAAUAUGGCGGGAGGAAGCGGCGGCGGCGGCGGAGGGGAGCUGGAGGAGAUUUUGAUGCACGGGAGCGGAUUCUCGUUUUCGGGGACAGCUGGCGGAGGAGGGAUCUACUACGAUAUGCAGCAAAUGAUGUUGCCGCCGCCGCCGCCGCUGCAGAGCGGGUUCGGUGGUGGAUUCAUGGAGCUGCUAGACGCCAGCGGUGGAUACGGCGCGGAUUUCGGAGGAUACUCUGCUCCUUCCUUUUUGUUCGAUCUGUUUCAGACUCCGUUCCCGGCCGCGACGGUGCAGCUGGAUCUGCCUAUGUCUUCGCCGGCUGCGGGUGAGUCGUCGGAGGUCGUGAACAACCCCACGACACCGAACUCCUCGAUUUCCUCCUCGUCGAACGAAGGCGGGAACAGUAAGAAGAGCAGUAAAGACGGGAAAAAUCGCCUCAAAGAAGACGACGAAGACGGUGGUGAAGAAGAAGAGGAGCAGGAUCAAGAGAAAAACACCAACAACAGCUCAAAGAAACAGUUGAAGGCGAAGAAGACGAAGGGACAGAAAAGGCAAAGGGAGCCGAGAUUCGCCUUCAUGACCAAGAGCGAAGUGGAUCACUUGGACGACGGUUACCGGUGGAGGAAAUACGGCCAGAAAGCCGUCAAGAACAGCCCUUACCCUAGGAGCUACUACCGCUGCACGAGCGCGGGGUGCGGGGUGAAGAAGCGGGUGGAGAGGUCGUCCGACGACACUUCCAUCGUCGUGACGACCUACGAGGGCCAGCACACUCACCCUUCCCCGAUCACUCCCAGAUCGGGGGGAAGCCUCCUCAGCGGCGGAGGGAUCGGGCAUUUGUUCGCCGAUCCUUCGAAUAUUCUACCGUCGUAUCAUCACUACAACCAACACCACCACCACCACCAACAACAGCUUCAGAAUGCGUACAUGUACAACUCCGCGCCGUCUCUCAACGUUACCACCACCACGACGAGUGCUACUUCGGCGGCGGCGUCUUUCCUGAGAGACAAUGGGCUGCUGCAGGAUAUGGUGACGUGUCAGAUGAUAGGGAAGGUUGUAGAGCCGAAGGAGGAGGAGGAGCAGAGAUUCUGAGAGGGUAGCGAUGUAAUAUCCACCUUCCCUCUGAAACAGCUAACUUGGUGAUGGAUUGGAUUGGACGAGGAGGUUAAUGUCAUUCUUCUCUCUCUCUCUCUCUCUCUCGUUUGACUUGGUUUUCGUUUUGACCAUAUUUGAAUCAUGGUCGUACGUACGUGUAGAUACGGGGACCCCUCAUCAUUGGAUGAUUAAGCGGUGAUGACUUUAUGGUUAAUUAUAAUACUUAUGAUUAUAAUUAGCCUUUUUUUUAAUUACCGAUCUGAUGGUGAUGAUGAUUAAUGGCGGAUCAAGGGGGGAAACUAGCUAUAUUUCUACAUAUUUAUUAUACCUUAAGAGUUAAUUCCUUCUUUCUUUUCUUUCUGGG